UUAGAUUUUUCUGUCCUCACGAGUAGCUGCUAAGAACAGGGAUCAAAGUCGAGUCAGACAGUUACCAAACAAGGUUCUUCCGAAACAAUGCGGUUCUUGUGUAUUGCAGCUUUAUUUUUGUCGGCAGUUGCUGCUCAUCGAGGCAACAACGCCCCUGAUGGUGGAGGGUCUGGCCGCCCAGGAUUGGUUCCUGGUAAACCUGGACCCAGCAAGCAUUUUUGGAGACGUCAUGGACCUUCAAGAGGCAACCGCAAGUUCAACGGUUCAUUUGAGUGUUCCCCUGUUUUCAAGGUUGACAACGUGACAUUUCAGAAUGUCUCCGCUGUGACCCUGAAGGAGGGGGAGAACAAAUUUGUGAUGCUGGAGCCACAGGCUGGAGGAAGAGGACCUCGCCAUCAUCUUCAGAAGCAAUAUGUGAAGCUCAACUACACAGAACCGAACCACGUCUCUGUUGAGUAUGGGGUUGUGAAAUUUGUUCCUGCUUCCAUCCCUCCUCGUGGGCCCAGCGAGCAUUUUGGGAGACCUCAAGGAGGUUCAAGAGGCAACGGGCAUCCCAAGAAGAGGAACCUUGUGUUUUCCCCUGCUUUCAAGGUUGACAAUGUCACAUUUCAGCCACAGAACGGCGCUGAUGUGACCCUGAAGGAGGGGGAGAACAUAUUUCUGAUUCCAAAGCAUAUCGGAAGAGGACCUCAUCAUCCCCAAAUGAGAGAGUUGCGUGGGCGUCCGAAGCCUCUGCAAUAUGUGAAGCUCAACUACACCGCCGCACAGCCGAACCAAGUCUCCAUUGAGUAUGGGCUUGUGAAAUAUGUGGAGCCUGCUGAGCUUGUUGAAGAGGACGACUAUUCAGAAGAUGAUUACUGACAACAAUAAAAGGAAGACACCAACAUCUACAAGUUGAAUGAGCAAACUCAAGCAAGAUUAUGCUUUCUUUCCUGUGGUGUAUUCUGGGAAAUGACUCAUGUAAUUCAGCGUCUUCCUGUAAAAGUGCCACAAUAAAAU